ACAGAGGCGGGUCACGAGGCUACCGGGCCAGGCUGCUGCUAACAGGUGUCAGGCCUGAGCUGUCAGUGUGGGGCGGGCUGCGGGGCGGGACCAGGCUGGCGAAGACGGGCGCUGGCUUGGGCCUCACAGGCCCUCCGGACACUCCGAGCUGCCAUAGUCAUGGGGAAUGUGGUGAGCGGCGGCAGCGGAGACGAGGAUGACCCCGGGAUGGAGCAGGAAGAGAUCGGAACGACGGCCGUGGACUCGGCGGCAGGAGGAUCGGCCAGCCAGCGAGGACCGGCUCAGCAGGUGGUCUCCGGGACGGAGGCACCGGCGCUGCUGCCCCCGUCACCCGGAGCAUUGCUGGAGCAGGCCCGGCUGAAGGAGUCCGCGGCCCGUGUGCGGGAGGUGGGGGCUCCGGAGUCCGUGGUGUCCCGGCACCACACCGCCCUGCUCCGCUCCCUGGAGGAGAGGCUGAGCCGGGGGGAAGAGGCGCUGAGCCGGGAGCAGUUCGUGGAGAUGCUGGAGAGCAGAGGCAGCGGCCGGGAGGAGUGCGAGGAGGCAUUUGCGCAGUUUGACACGGAAGGCAAUGAGGUGGUAGACUUGGAGAGCAUGCUGGAAGCCGUCAAGGCCUCUAAUGGUGCCAAUCUUCAAGGGGAAUUGAGUCAUAUUAUCCGACAGCUGCAAGCUUGCUCCCUUACACCAGGCUUCGUAGACAUAUUCUCCAAAUCGAAAGAUCGUCUCUGUUUACAUUCUUCAAAGACACUGCGGUUUUUGCAUCGAAACCGAAUUCCCAGUGCUGUGAUCCCUUAUCCCAUGCUCGAGUGCUGCAGUAACAUAUGUAACAUGAGGUCUUCUGUCCUGAAGGAUUACCUUGAUAAACUUUGUAAAAAAGAGAAGGAAUUGUGCUCUGCUCUGAGUGGCAGUGAUGAAGCUCUGAAGUAUAAAACAGUAACCAAGUGUUACAGUAACAUUGAAACCUCAUCAAACUCCUCAGAUAUAGACAAGAUGACUAAUGGGGAGACAACCUCAUACUGGCAAUCAGAUGGCAGUGCCCGCUCUCAUUGGAUAAGGUUGCGAAUGAAAUCUGAUGUUGUAUUGAGGCACCUAUCAAUUGCUGUGUGCGCUGCAGACCAGAGCUACAUGCCCCAGCAAGUGGCUGUUGCAGUGGGACGAAACCCCAGCAGUCUGCAGGAAGUUCGAGAGGUCCACAUUCCCAGCCAUAUUACAGGCUAUGUGACAUUGCUGGAAAAUGCUAACAUAAGUCAGAUGUAUGUGCAGAUAAAUAUUAAGCGAUGUCUGAGUGACGGCUGUGACACGAGGGUUCGUGGUCUCCGAGCAAUUGGCCACCAAAAGAUUAAAAAGUCUGCAGUGUCUGUAUCUGAUGCAUCGGCAAUUUGGUAUCUUUCUCUGCUGACGUCACUUGUGACAACUUCAAUGGAGACAAACCCAGCCCUUGCUCAAGCUGUCCAGCAGCACACACAGAAGGCUUUACAGCACAUGACGCCACUUUCCUUAACACGAGGUACUGCAGAGUUCCCAAACUUCUUAUCACCAAAUGUUCUUGAGGAGGUGAACAGCUUCCUUAUGAGGACAGCAAGCUGCUGCCCGACACCAGAAGUGAAUUUAAAUCUUCUUGCUUUUGCGUUGGCAAGAGGGAGUAUAGCUAAAGUGAUUACAUCUCUUUGCACCAUCAUUGAUAACGCCGAUGUGCAAUACAAGGCCUCAUCUCUCAUCGCUUCCAUGGAAUCUGUUAGAAUUAGUCUACUCUAUAAAUAUGCAAGGCCAUUGAAAUUUACCUUACUUGCUUGUGAUGUCAAAGGGAAAGAGGAAAAAUCAGGACCAGAAAACUUGUUGGUGGAACCAUGGACAGCAGAUGGAUUCCUUACAGAGACUGGAAAAACUAGGGCAACCGUUAUUCUUUCUUCUGGACCCGAAUCAGCCUUUCAGGUUACACAGAUGAGGAUUAGGGUCCGGAGAGGUGCCAUUGGUGCCAAGUGUGGCUUGGUAUUUGCUUACAACUCUUCAGAAAAAUUCAAUGCAGAAGAGCAUUUCCAAAAAUUUGAAAAUUUUGAUACAUGGAAAUUAUCAGACUUUAGACAUUUUGUGAAAGAGAGGAGUAGCAAGCCGUCCACAGAAGGCGAGGAGUGUGAUCCCAUUGCCUGGUUUGAACUUGAAGAGGAAUGGGAUGAAGUCGACAUCAGAAUGCAGCGGUGUAAAAUUGCAAAAUACUGGAUGGUGAAAUUCCUAUGCACUAGAGAAGACACAGCAGAGCGUCUAGGUGUUCAGGGCAUCAUUGCUUCUGGUUACCACAGGCCACUGGAAGCAAAAAUUGAUAUAAAUGUCACAUGUCUGAAGUGUAAAGAUUUAGCAGCUGACAGUUCAUGUGGAAUGACUCUCAUCCUUAAAACAUUGCUGUUUGUUCAACAGCUGGCAUAUGAUAUGGAAAAAGACAAUCGAUCACGGCACAAAUCACUUCUUGAUUUAUCAGACCUAGAUUUGGAGCUCCUUUGGAGGUUUUAUAAGAAGUUACGAGACAGCCCCAGAGAAGAAUGUAUCUCUGCCCAGACUCUUCUGUUGCAGCUAAUUCAGAGCUGCUCUGGUGUACUUGCUGCAGGAACGUCCGCCUCGAAAUCUAACCAAGUGCAGUAUGCUCAGGAAUUAUAUACUCACUUGUGUAAAGCUAUGGACAGCAUGGACAUUUCCUCUUUGUCUUCUAAAGCUCUCAAACAAGAGAUUACUAACACUUUACUGAAUGGAGCUGCAAUUUUUUUUCCUGAUCGUGUGACCAGAAGAGAUCAACUGUUCUCUUUAAUGAAGAAAAUUACUGAAGAGAAGCAACCACAGUCAGUUCAAACCACCUUCCAGUCUCUGUGUACUUACUUCAGUGAGCAAGACCCAAGUGGACUAUUAUUACUACCAGAUACAGAGAUGUCUCCAGAUUUUGACAUAGGCCAAGUGCUUUCUGUCAUGGACAAAUUUUGGGUGAUGGCAGUGAGAGAGAGUAAAGCAUUAGUUCUUCAUGAUUCCCAGGGAGAAUGUGGGCCAAACCUACAUUUCUUGUUGUGGGCAGUCCAGGGUAGUCUUCUGUCUUGGUGCUUUUGCCAACUAAAAGGAGAAGAUCCAGUGUCCCAGCCCAGGGCGAGAGAAUUACUUGAGAAAUAUGUUGACCUUUUCUUAACAAACACGACAAACAUAUUAGAGUCUUUGUUGAGCGAGUGCAGUGGGAAGGUGAUCAUUGAAAAAUUGAACAAUUCAGUGUUUUCCAUGUCAACACGCCAGUUUAUGAUGUACAUGUUGGAGUUUUGCUCUCUUGAUAUUCCACACUCUUUACUACUUCAAAGAUUUGGUAACCUAACUAAAUUAAUGAUGAAGCUUUGUGGUGAUCCUGGUGACAGUGACAAUAAGAUUGAAAUGGAAAGUUGGAGUCAAAUUCAACAUCCGGUGGUUCUUCAGACCUGGAACAUGGAAUCCCCCCACAACUAUGAAAACAAUUGUUGUGAUACAACAGUCUUCCUUUGUCCUGGGGCAACAUACUUUGAGGUGGAAUUUGAUGACAAGUGUGAAACUGAAACGAGAUGUGACUAUUUGGAGUUUACAGAUGCCAGAGGCGGCAAAGUUCGUUAUGAUCACAAAGUUGGUACUGACAAAUGGCCAAAGAAAGUGACCUUUAAGGCUGGUCCACAACUUCACUUUUUGUUCUUCUCGGACAAUAGCAACAGUGAAUGGGGGUUUAAGUUUACAGUGACCGCUUAUGGCCUGCCAGACAUUGCCCUGUCCUGGAGUUCAGAUUUACAGCUACUUGUUGCACGCUUAUUGGGACGUUUUGCUUCUCAGUCUAUGGCCAUGAAGUCACCAUGCGAGUUGGGACCGGUUGCAGAUUUGCCGUCUUCAAAGAUGACAUCAGUUAUUAGCUCCCCUCUGUGGAAAUCUGUGUUUAGUCAUCAAAUGUUUGUCCAAAGCAACUUGGUAGCAGAAAUAAACCCCCAAGACCAAAGAUAUGCUGAGACUAAGAACUCUCAUGCAGAUGACUGUCGUAACUUUCUCCUUGACUUUGCAAACUCAGAUCCUACCAAGGAUUUCUGUGGCCCUAAUUCUGAACUUUUCAAAGGACUGGUGCAAGCCAUUAGGAAACAGCUGGCAAGGAAUGAUAUAGUGGCGGGUUCUGCGGUUGAUCAAGCUGUGAACUGCACCUUUGCUGCACUGGUGUAUCUUACGCCACAGUUGUAUGGAAAACUGCAAAAAUAUGUUCUCAAUAGUGGCAGCCUUGGUUUAAGUGAAGAUUUUGCCCAGGUGUAUGCUCUGGCAGAUGGCAUUAGAAUAUGGAUGCUAGAAAUGAAACAGAAAUCUUUGCAUGUUGGUGGAAGUGAAAAACUUCUUUUUGAAGGAGCAGAAAUGAACCCAGACACCUUAGCGAAACAGUGCAUCGAAAAGUGUCUUUUACUCUUAAGUUUUAUACCUAAAUCACGGCCACCAUUAGAAAGCUGUAUUUCUGCAGAUGAAGAUCUGCUACUAAAUAUUCAGAGAAAGGGGUCCAUUGUGGAGGCAGAUUUUCAAGCUUCAAGUGCCUCGCCAAUUAAUGCCUCUCCAGAAGCUGCUUAUCCUGGUCUGCCUGGGAAGUUUCAAGUGCCUGAGCAGGACUCCAAGAAAAAGCCAGAAUCGGAAUGUUUCAAAUACGAGACCCCUGUAGGUACUCAGAUGAAAACGGAAAAAUCAGAAGAAGCUGCCUCUCCUCCCCCUACUCCUACUCGGAAGGCCCCAUUUAGUCGGGCAAAGCUACGGCUGCUUUCAUUUCGUUCCAUGGAAGAACCAAAGGUUUUGCCAUCUGUGAAGGAAAAGUAUCCCAUUUUGAAAACCAUCUUAGAUUUUGUAAAGGAUCCAACAAUUUCCCAUGAAAGUGUUCUGCAGGUCCUCUCCCUCAGAAAAGCCCAGGCUGGAAGCAUUCUCAAGGUGCUUAAAAUAAUUCAGGAAUGUCUACAUACUCUGGGGCAGCCUCAUUUCUUUCAGCCCUCCUGUGUAGUCUUUCUACUGGAGCUGCUUGCUUGCCAGAGUGACUUCACUAACUAUUUUGGUCGCCUGGAAGGCUGUGGAGCUGAGCUGCAUAGAGAAGUGCGGGAGUCCUACUACAGGCUUGUUGCGCUUUUAGUCAACGCUGUAAAGAGUUUUAACAACCUUGAUGACAGGUCACUUCUUCCAGCAGUAUCAUGUGUGCAGACUACACUCCUGCACAUGUUAUACAUGAGUUGGGAGCCGCAAGAUUUGUCAUUCUUUCAAAGUAUCGAUCUUCCAGAACUACUUCUAUCAAUGACUCAGGAGAACAUAAGUACCCAUGAUAGUGUUGUGAGUCAAUGGGAGGAGGAAGAUGAGAGAGCAGAUUACAGACAGAACCUUUUGUGGUUGAAGGAAUGCAAGGAUGGACUGUUUGAAAGCUGGUUUGAAAAGAUAAGCCAGGCCGAUUCAGAUAUAAAGAGAAAGAUGCACAUGUUCAUCGCGAGAUACUGUGACCUGUUGAAUGUGGAAAUUUCCUGUGAUGGCUGUGACAAAAUUGCCCCGUGGCACCGCUACCGGUGUUUGCAAUGUAAUGACAUGGAUUUAUGCAAAGCUUGCUUCCUCGGUGGUGUAAAGCCGGAAGGACAUGAGGUUUACCAUGAAAUGGUUAACAUGGAGUAUGCAUGUGAUCAUUGCCAAGGACUUAUUAUUGGUCAUAGAAUCAACUGCAAUGUAUGCGAUGACUUUGAUCUGUGCUACGGAUGUUAUGCUGCCAUGAGAUACUCAGAAGGCCAUUUGCCUAGCCACAGUGUUACUAUCUAUCCAACAGUCACUAAUAAGAUCAGUGACCGCCAGCGGCUCAUCCAGCCUUACAUACACAACUACUCGUGGUUACUCUUUACUGCACUAGCCCUCUACUCGUCAGACCUGGCCAGUGAAGAGGAAAAGGACGGUGUCAGACUCGAUUCCGCUGUCAUUUCCAGUGCCCAGACUUUGCAGGCUAACUGCACGGAUCUGGUUGCAAAUUGUCUUCUGAAAGCGCAGAAAGGAAAGGGUGUCAGAGUAUUAUCAUUACUCUCCAUGUGGACCAGUAAUGGACAUGAACCGCCUUCUAUUGAGUCUUCCAGUGAUGAGGUUACUGACAGCAAUGGUGUUAGUCUGUUAAAUAAGACUGCCGAGGCUCCAAAUAUAACAGUAAAACCUACUGAGUCAGAAAAGGUAGAGUCAGAAAAGAGCAAAGGGGAUAUAGACACACCUAUACCUAUCCUCAACAAGGCACAAUGUCAAGAUGGACACCAAGCAAAGGAUGUGUCCUCGAAAGAGUCCAGUUAUGAUGAAGAUGAUGCCGAACACCCUAACGAGCAAUGUCUUUUUGCUGGAGACUCCAAGAAGGUUGUAAUCCCAAGCCCUGACCAAGUCUUUGCUGAAUGCUCUCAGGAACGUAUUUUAGGACUGAUAGCUGCCAUGCUGCCUCCUUUAAAAUCUGACACAGGCGGCUCCUUAGCGAAUCUUCAGCAAGUGUUGCCACUGAUGUUUCAAGUUGUUAUAUCCAACGCUGGCCAUUUAAACGAAUCCUACCAUUUAACCUUGGGCCUUCUGGCACAGUUAAUUCUUCGGCUAAACCCUUGCGAGGUGGAUAGCGCAGUGAAGAAGGUUCUGUCUCUGAAGCACAGUGAGCAGGCUGCAGCUGAUGGGAGUUCUGUUCCAGCUGGGUGGAUAACCACUCAACUGCUUUUCAGCCUAGGAGCUAUGUGUCUGGACAGCAAAGUUGGUCUUGAUUGGGCUUGCACCAUGUCUGAUAUCCUGAGAGAGUUACACAACUCUCCAAAAUGGCACAAAGUGAUGACGGCCUUCACAGAUCACUGUAUGGAACAACUGCCUCACCAGCUAAAAAACUCAAAUAUCUUUACAUUAUUAGUCUUGGUUGGGUUCCCAGAGGUACUAUGUAUGGGAACACACUCUGUAUAUAUAGAUAAUGCCAAAGAGCCCCAUGAUGUGAUUAUAUUAAAGCACUUCACUGAGAAAAAUAAAGCUGCGAUUGUUGACAUCAAAACAAGAAAACGCAAAACCGUGAAAGAUUAUCAACUGGUACAUAACACUGACUAUGAUGGGCAGUUUACCCAAAGAAAUGUCAAGAAGUAUCUUCAACACUUUGCCUCCAUUUCCCGCCACCUCCUGCAGUUGAAUCUGGACAACAGCUGUGUGGAGGCGGUGGAAGCUACAUGGGUCCUGUCACUGGCUCUAAAGGGAUUAUAUAAAACUCUUAAGAAUCAUAAUUUUGAAGAAAUUCAGUCUGCAUUUAUUCACUCUGGGCUAUUAAAGAUACUGGUGCGAAAAUGUAGUAAAGGAACUGGUUUCAGUAAAACAUGGCUUCUUCGUGAUCUAGAGAUACUGUCUAUAUUGCUGUAUACAUCAAAGAAAGACACACAUUUGGUGUCUGAAACAGAGCAGUCAGAUUCUGAGAAUCAGGCCCAAGACGAAGAUUUCGAGUCUCCAUCUGUUGAUACAAUGCAGCAGAAAACGAAUCCGUUCGAAGAUCUUGAUGAAGCCACAAAAAUAUGUUUUCAGGUAAUUCAUGAGUCUCACAACAUACCUUUACAUAUCCUCCGUGCCAUGUAUGAGAUGGAAAUGAAGAAUAUAGACUCCUUCCUUGAAAAAGUUCACAAAAGAUUUGAUGGAAAAACUGUUGUUAUUGAUGAAAAAGUUAAGAAAAUGGCACGGAAAUGGCAGCCUCUGAAGUCUGAAAGAUUACAGACGCAACUCUCUGUGAUGGACACAGACAUGAUUAUUCCACCAUGUCUGCUCAAACCUAUGCAGUGUGAAAAAGCCACAGAGGAGACCAACCCAGUCACUCAAAAACUUAUUCUAACCAGUGAAAGUGAACUUCAGCUCAGGUAUUCCAAGCAACGGCGCACCAAGAGCUCCAUUCUUCUCCAGAAGGAGCUGGACUCGCACAGCAAAAUAGCAGUGCGGGAUUACUUGUACCAUGUGAACGAGGCUACAACUGUGAUAUACGCUCGCCAUGUUCUGGCAUCCCUGCUGGCGGAAUGGCCCGAUGGUGUUCCCUUGAAUGAAGACAUCCUGGAGCUAAGUGGUCCUGCACAUAUCACCUAUAUCUUAAACAUGCUGAUGCACCUAGAAGAAAAGCAGCUGUGGGAGAAGAUCUUGCAGAAGGUUCUUGGCAGCUGCAAUGAAAGUAUGCUUGGCACAGUAGCACUUACAGCUUGUCAGUUCAUGGAGGAGCCUGGAAUCGCAGUGCAAGUCCGAGAAUCCAAACACCCCUACAAUAAUAAUACAAGUUUUGAGGACAAAGUACACAUCCCUGGUGCAAUUUAUCUAUCAAUCAAGUUUGACCCGUUGUGUAACACAGAAGAAGGUUGUGAUGAAUUGGUCAUUUCAAGCUCCUCUGACUUUAAACAAGAUCUGCACAGUUUUAGUGGGCCACCUAAAAGAUGGACAGACUUUGAACUUCCUGGAGAUACCUUGUUCUAUCGAUUUACAUCUGACAUGAGCUGUACAGAAUGGGGGUACAAGUUUUCAGUGGCCGCUGGACAUAGAGGACGAUUUCAGACAGGAUUUGAAAUUUUAAAACAGAUGUUAUCUGACCAAAGAGUUGUCCGACAUCUUCCUCUGUCCAGUAUCUGGGAGUGGCAGGUUGAUGUGGCGUGCCGGCAGACUGGCCACCAGAGAUUAAAAGCAAUCCACUUACUAUUAAAGAUCUUACAGCUUAGUCGUGUGAGAGAUUGUGACCUCAGGCUGUUGAGGCCAUUAUGGGCAGUUUUCACAUCCAUGGAAAAUGUAGCUUGUCAAGAUGGCUUUAGCUCUGGUGUUCUUCUGCCACUGCAUAGAGCUCUCACUGAACUGUUCUUCCUUGCAGAGAACUGUGCAAAUGCGCUGGGCUGCUUAGAGGAUUAUCUAAUUAGUUUAACUACAGAUGAGCAAAUCACUGAGUACACAGAACAGGCACUGAAAAACAUUGCUGCUAUCAGCUUUGCGAUCAACUACCCAAACAAGUCUACAAGUAUAUGGACUGGAUAAGAAGACGGUAGUAUAGCCUGUGAAAAUGCCACCCAAAACUUAAGAAGAUCACGACCUAGCAGAUGUGUAUUGAAGACUGUACAUGCACCUGCCUAUUAACAUUUGCACUUAAAACACCUUGAUUUUCUUACAGAACUACUGCUAUAAAUGUGCAACACUAGGUCUUAAAUGGUAUAGGAUAAUUUUUUUAUAUAUAUUUUUCUUUUUGGUCUGGUUUAUAAUAGGGAUGGUACUGUAUGCCAAUCAAGUAUAGGAAGAUAUUACUAUUAUAAAAAAAAAAAGGUAAAAGGCACUUUUUUAAGGUAAUUGAGCUUUUCAGUACUAUUGGGUAUCAAAUCAAAGCUGGUGAGGUUGUGAAAGAAGCAGCAGGAUUGUCCAUUGGAACUUAUCACGUGAAACUGAAAGCAGAUAUCUGAUGGGUUUCUUUGUUUUGCACUAGUUUUCUUACUUAUCCCUACCCCUCUUUAGUUUAAAUGCCUAUAUUCUAGCUAUCAGACUUCGUUUGUACCUUGUUAGUAGAUUUACUAUAGAUGAUGAAGAUAAUACAGUUAUGCCUUGUUUUCCUGUUAAAAAGGGAUAAUCAUCAUUUUCUGUGUUUUCUACAGAACAUUAUGUCUAUGGCAUCUGCAUGCCCAUUCUUAGAAUACUGUUAAUGGACAAUAUGGUACUUACUACAUGUAUUGCCUACAGCAUAUCACGUAAGAACACCUAUGACAUUGCGAGAUGUUGGGGAGGAGAAGUCUUUAAGUACUUUAAUGAUCUGCAUACAGUUGUUCUCCACCAUCUCAUGUUCUCGUGUACAGAAUAGCAACACUUUGUGUCAAUCUACAAUAAAUACUCAAAUUUUUCAUUACACAGGAUCUUAUUUAACUUUUUAUAUUUCAGGUGAUCUAGAGUUUUUAACAGUUCUGGGUUUCACGUAACUCAAGAUAGCUGAAUUAUGGAGGAGUUUCAUAUUAUUUUAAUCAGUUUAAGUCUCCAUGUGCCAUGACAAUUAAUGUGGAUUGUUCACAGGAAGCGAAUGGCAUUGCCCAGCCCCCUUGUGAAGCAGGAGGCUCUAUGUAUGCAUGGUAGCUGGUCUCUUUUGUGGCAUAUUUGCCACUUUUUCACACCCAUGCAUCUUUUGUCCUCUUAUUCCCCAUAAGCCAUUUAAUCUUCUAAACAUAGAUAAUCAUUUCCAUUAGGUGUAGUCAGAGGAAUUCCUUGCAUGGCCAGUUGCUAGUAGUGCAGGCUAAUCUUUUCAAGUUUUGCACAAAACAGGUUGUUCUUUUUUUUGUUUUUGUUUUUUAUCUAGAAUCCUUGAUGGCACUAGUUCUCAGGCUAAAUGUCACACUGCUUUCUAUUGCCUAGCUUUAACAUAUACUCAGUUUACGUAGAAACUGUGGAUUUGUGAAACGUCAUUCAUCUUAUAUCUUAUUUAUCAUCUUUGGUUGUUUUUUUCUUAGUAGCAUAUAGGUGAUCAAUCUUUUGCUCUCAACGUAGACCUAUCUGCUGUAUACAGUACAUGUGCCCGAAUUUAAGUUGAUGCAAUAUUGAACCAAUCUAUUCACUAAGAACUAGGUAGACGUCAGGGACGCCUGCAGUGAUACUAAUCAGUUGCCACUAUGCUAAUACAUAGAUAAUCAGUAGGUAGGUAAUACUUAGAUCCUUUUUUUUUUUUUUUUUACUUAUAUUCAUACAUUUUAUUUGCCUUCACUGCAUCAAGAUUUUAUUAAAUCUUAUUUCCACUAGUUUCAUCUUAAAUUGUCUAUAAACUGUACAUGAUCAACCUGUUUUUUUUAUUUUACAAAGACAGAUGCUUUGCAUCUUGGAGACUACAAACGGGCUGUGCAGUUGGUAUUGCACGGUGUCCUGUCUGUAGCGGAGAAGCAUGGUUUGCACUUACUCGGUAGUAAUGUAUGUUCUGCCCUACCCUGACAUUCAGUUAUUUGGAGUCAUUCGCACUGCGACUCAUAGCACAUAAUGCAAGAUUAUAUGACUGUUCAGCAAUGCUUAAAAAGAAACACAUUAGUUGCUUUGAUGUGGCUGUAACCAAUGUUAUAAAGACAUUGCUGGCUGGUAUGCUAACAAAAUGUGCCUAAGAUAUACCAUUUAAUGUGUAGACGCACAAGGAUACACACUGUAUUUAAGAUUUGUUUCUGAAAUUCUCUUCUUUUACAAACCAGUUUUAUUACGUUUUGUUUGUUUUUCUAUUUUAAGGGUUUGAGAGAUUUUUGUUAUUUGGUUGUAAAGAAAAAUAUACUAUAUUAUAAAUUUCUCAUGUAAAAAGUUAUACAUAUGAUCUCAAUAUAAUGGGAAUAUAUUGUAAAAAAAAAAAAAUCACUAAUAAAAUAUAGUGAAUGCAA